GGCUGGUAGGAGCCCCGCCCCUCCGGCCUCAGCGGAUCAUGACCCGGGCGGCCGCGGGGGUCGCGGCGGCGGCCACGGGGGCGACGCGGAGGGGUCGGCGCUAGAGAUGAUGCCGUUGCCGGUGACGAGCCCGGGACCCCCGCCGCCCCCGCCGCCGCCCAAGCACCCCGGCAUCUCCGCGCCCAUCAGUCUGGCCGCCCCCAAGGAGACUGACUGCGUGCUCACCCGGAAGCUGGUGGAGACCCUGAGGCCCUUCGGGGUGUUCGAAGAGGAAGAGGAACUGCAGCGCCGGACUCUGAUUUUGGAGAAAUUGAAUAAUCUGGUCAAGGAAUGGAUCCGGGACAUCAGCGAGAGCAAGAGCCUGCCGCAGGCCGUGGUGGAGAGCGUGGGCGGGAAGAUCUUCACGUUCGGCUCCUACCGGCUGGGGGUGCACACGAAGGGCGCCGACAUAGACGCCCUGUGCGUGGCGCCGAGACACGUGGACCGCGGCGACUUCUUCACCUCCUUCUACGACAAGCUGAAGCUCCACGAGGAGGUGAAAGACUUGCGGGCCGUGGAGGAGGCGUUUGUUCCCGUCAUCAAACUGUGUUUUGAUGGGAUCGAGAUUGACAUUUUGUUUGCAAGAUUAGCACUGCAGACGAUUCCAGAAGAUUUGGACCUAAGAGACGAUAGUCUGCUUAAAAAUUUAGACAUUCGAUGCAUAAGAAGUCUUAAUGGCUGCCGAGUCACUGAUGAAAUCUUACACCUCGUCCCCAACAUCGACAACUUCAGGUUGACUCUAAGAGCCAUCAAAUUGUGGGCCAAGUGCCACAACAUCUAUUCCAAUAUAUUAGGUUUCCUAGGAGGGGUUUCCUGGGCCAUGCUAGUGGCGAGGACUUGCCAGCUUUAUCCAAACGCCAUAGCAUCCACCCUUGUACGUAAAUUUUUCUUGGUGUUUUCUGAAUGGGAGUGGCCAAACCCAGUGCUGCUCAAAGAGCCGGAAGAGCGGAAUCUUAAUUUGCCUGUGUGGGACCCAAGGGUAAAUCCCAGUGACAGGUACCAUCUUAUGCCUAUAAUCACACCGGCGUACCCACAGCAGAACUCCACCUACAACGUGUCUGUUUCCACAAGGAUGGUCAUGGUCGAGGAGUUUAAACAGGGGCUUGCUAUCACACAUGAAAUCUUGCUGAGUAGGGCCGAGUGGUCCAAACUUUUUGAAGCACCCAGCUUCUUCCAAAAGUACAAGCACUACAUUGUACUUCUAGCGAGCGCACCAACUGAAAAACAGCAUCUGGAGUGGGUGGGCUUGGUGGAAUCAAAAAUCCGAAUCCUGGUGGGAAGCUUGGAGAAGAAUGAAUUUAUCACACUGGCGCACGUGAAUCCUCAGUCGUUUCCAGCACCCAAAGAAAAUCCCGACAAGGAAGAAUUUCGUACAAUGUGGGUGAUUGGGUUAGUAUUAAAGAAACCAGAAAACUCUGAUGUUCUCAGUAUUGAUCUCACCUAUGACAUCCAGUCUUUCACAGACACGGUUUAUAGGCAAGCUAUAAAUAGCAAGAUGUUUGAGAUGGAUAUGAAGAUUGCUGCGAUGCAUUUAAAAAGAAAGGAACUUCAUCAGCUGCUCCCUAAUCAUGAGCUUCAGCAAAAGAAAACACAGUUGGCAGAAGGUGUCAGGUUGACAGCUUUGAGUGACGACAGCCUCGACUUGACCGCAGACAGUGAAAACAGCAUGUCUGUGCCUUCGCCUCCUAGCACUGUGAAGACUGGCCCAGUGAGUGGCAGCUCUCAGGGCAGAAACAGUCCUACCUUGGCUGUAAUGGCAGCACCUGUGAGCAGCGUACAGGUUACUGAUGUUUCCUUGCCACAGGUGUAUCCCAGUGACAGCUCCGGGGGUACACCGAGUGAAAGCGUUGCUCAGACUGCCUCUCACCCAGCUGUUUCUCCACCCCCAAAGCCCACGGUCACCAGAGUCGUUUCUUCAACCUGUCUGGUGAACCAUCACCCAGGCCUUCAGGGAGUGCAGCCGCAAACAUAGCUAACCCUAUAGUAGGAGUCUAGGGGACAUUCUCAUCUCAUACGGAGAAAGGACCAAGGACACCAAAACAGAAGAGGAACAGUCUCAUAAAGGGACAAGCACAACCCAAUUAGAAACUCCAUGCAGCAGCUUCUCUGUUGGCCUCGUGGGAAACGUCCAGGGCAGACCUUUCCAGUAGCCCUGCUCAUCCUGUUUCUGUUGUCAGGAAUUCAAUAAAGCAGAGUGAACUGAUGAAAACAACUUUGAGGGUUCAUAAACAGUAUCUGCCAGCUCAACCUGUUGUCUUCAAAUGUGAAAGGAGGAGAAGGAAGGGGGCCAAAGUAGAAAGGACUCAAAGUAGAUUUAAGCUUCUUUGGUCACUGCCUUUACUGGGCUAAUCUUGAUCAGAAGUCCAGGUUAGUGUGUGAAGCUGAAAGUACUGCUGUCAACGUGUCUGAUUAUUAAUGUGUCCGUGACAGUUCUGUUAACUCUUCCAGAGGACUACUGCCCUUAAAGAGAAAAAAGAGAAAAACCCUGCACUAUAUUUGUACCCGUGGCUGACCUCUGGACUGGAUUUAUCUUUGAUGCGUUGUUGGGGAAAAUUUGCAAUACAAAGUGGUAUCAGAAUGCCUUGCAGUGAUGAUGCACUUUAUGUAUAUUUUUAUUAGAAGAUAGAACUAAUUUUAGAUUUUUCAGCUUGAUGAAUUUUAGCUUUUUUUCCUGAAGAGUUUUUUUCAUUGUUAACCUUCAGCUUGGGUACCCCCGUGCCGUGGUGUCCUGUACUUCAGAACAAGCAUGAAAAUGCAUCAAGCUCAGUCCCUGUGAGGUAGCUGUGACCCUUCAAAACGAAAUGUCAGCUCUUAGGGUGUAUGUUUGACACGAAACAGUGAUUAGUAAGUCCUCGGUUUUGAUGGGACAUGAUCAAGAAAUGAGAUCUUGGUUUUAUCUGUAGAAUUGGCUUCUGGUGCCCACAAUCAGCGAUCGAACAGCACACAUCGUCUUGGAGCUCAAAAAGCUCCAUAGUCUUGUCCUUAAUCAUUUGUCCUGAAGCAAAAAGGCUUUUUGCCUCCCCCUGCUCUUCUUGGCUCCUAUGCACAAGGUCUGCUUAUGUGUUGUUUCUUAAAAAAACCCAGAAUGCUAAUAUUUUCUUAACCGUAGUGUGGAACCAGCAAUCCUGUGGCCGUGUGGCAUAAAGCACUAAAUUUUGGUUCCAUGGCUAAUAUUUUGAUAAGACUUUACUGAAAGUAAUGCCUGUGAGCCAUGUUGUCAAUCUUGGAUGGCCAUUUGCUCUCUGCAUAUGAGAAAUUUUGUGUGCUCCACAGAGUACCUGCUUAUAGUAAAGUUAGUUUCCAGUUUAAAUGUGUAAGCAAAAAGGCAUUUUCUCCAAGAAUUUUAAACGAAUUUUUAUUUUUAAAUGACUUAACUAAAAUUCAUCAGUGAAUUUUAUGUCUAGAAACAUAACAAAUAAUUUCUAGCAAGUGCUUGAUGUCUAGUCAGCUGUCUAGUCAGCUUUCUACUUUUGUUUUAUCCUACCAAAGAUUAGGAAUACCUUUCUUUAAACAAGCAAAAAAAAAAGACCGCUCAUAAUUAAGCAGCGGAACAUCAUGUUUAGGAAGCAUGAGUGACAGCAGCUGGAGAUGAAUGAAAACUCAAUUUUGAUCUGACAGGUUCUCCACUUGGCUGGUUCCGACCUUCUCCUCCCCCAGCCAUGUUCCUUUCUACCACAUGCGCAUUGUUGACGUUAAACUGUAGCUUCCUAGACCCUUUCCCUAUUCUUCUAGAUUAAUCUUCCAAAGCAGGAAUGCGGUCUUUCUCCUUUCACGCUCUGUAGUCACUGAGGCUUUCUUCUCAUCAUUCCUUCCGACAUCCAGGACACGGUGUGCCCGUCUGCCCCCUCCGCCCUGUGUGGUCACCCUGCCCUCCACCCCAGUGAGAAGGCAGGCGAGGUGUGCACAGUGCCUGUGUGUUGCAAGUAGCUGUGGUGUCGGGUUGAAAUGGCCAGGCACAAAUUUAGUCUUGUCAUUUUGUUUACACAUUGGGGAAAAUUCGCUUAUUAAAUGUUUCAUGUAACUGUACUUGUUUUACCAAGCUGGAAACUUGGGCCUUUUUAAUUCUAGUUUUCAUUACCUGACUGUUAGACUAUUUUUUUCGUAUGAUGUGCAUAGUGUCUGAUGGCUGGAGUUUGCUUUGUUUUAUAGUAUCUGUACUCCUUGUAUUUUUCAAGUGCUAUUUUGGAAACAGAU